UUUGGAACGGGUCGGCUGACUGAUCCAGGGCCUGGCUGGAGAGACUUCAGGUGCCUUCUGGUUCCACAGAUAUCACGCCAGUGGUAUGAGAUCCACUGCAGGGGAAUCGGGCACGCUGAAAGAGAUCCUGGUGGGCAGCAGAAUGAAUGUGCAAUGGCAUGUGCAGUUCAGGACGUCAGUCACUGCAGAUUCUCAUCUCAUGACAUCGCUCAUAGCAGAAGAAUGACAGGGCACUCAGAGGAAGAGGCAACGUCUCAGUCCGUGAAGGAGGGCAGAGAAAAACGUGUAUCAUUUCCCCCAGAUGAGCAGAUGGUGUCUGACUUUGUGGAGAGAAGGGCUGAACUUCAAGAGGCUGACAGUCUCACUCUGACAGAUAUAAUUCUGGCCUACAAGCAGAGCUGUGAAAAGCACCAGGUGAAACCAAACCCAAAGGCUCUUGAUCAAUUAAAGCAAAUUACUUGUGUUACUGACAGAGCCAGGUGUUUUGACCUGUCAGGUAAGUUCAGUAAUUCACUAUUUAUUAUUUUUGCUAUCCCCCUUGAGCAGUGUUAUUGGUUUUUCAAAGCUAAACACCACCAGAAAAAUCCCCCAACGCUAUCAUUUCACCUGAGACGCUCAUCCCUUCAUCCGUCCAGGUAUUCCAGCUUUAUUCAUCUCUCUCCAUCAGCACUGGUUAUUGAUACCAGCAGAAGUGAGCUUAAAGUGCGGGUCAGCAUGUUCUGGCUUCCUGCGCCCUGUCACACACUGAUGCCAUCUAACUCCAAGUCUCAGUGUCAUUAUCUGCACAUGGCAGAGGGAAUUAGAAAAAUGGGAUUUCUGAUCCCCCCUUCCUAUGGUACAAAAUUUGUCACAGCAAAUGUGCUUGGUAGAGAGAGGGUCAGCCAAAGUGUAAAUAGUGGUAUCUCCAUUUUGAUUGCUUUUCCAGGUGAGCGGUUAGAUUAUUGCUCCUGCGAAUCUCUUGAAGAGAUCCUGAAAUCAGUGCAGUUUGAUUUUAUCAGUCUGCAGGGGGCUGAGCUUGAGGAAAAUGUAACAUCUUCUUUGCUAGAUAUGUUUUUGUACUACGAGUCAGCUACACACCUCGAUGUGUCCUCGAACUCAGGCAUGGGAUUCUCAGGUUGGCUGUCACUGUCACACCUCCUCCGGCAGAGUGGAUGCCUGUGGAGGCUGGAUGCUUGCAACAUGCCUAUGGUGGACUACGCCGCACAGGCCUUGUCAAAAGCCCUUCUCACCAGCAGGCUGACAGUGCUACACCUUGAAAACACCUGUCUGAGCGGCAAACCUCUCUUCACACUUGUCGGUGCUCUGAAAAGGAACGUCACUUUGCAGGAGCUUUACCUCUCUGAAAACAACCUCAACGCCUACCAGGACUCCAUGCAACUUGGCGACCUCCUCAAAUACAACAGCACUCUUAAAACCUUGGACCUGGGCAACAACACCAUGUCUGACUCAGGUUUGGAGGAGAUUUGUGAUGCUUUGAGCUUUCAGAAGACUGGUUUGAGAACGCUGAUACUGAGUAACAAUCACAUCACUCAUCUUGGCAUGAGCCAUCUACAGAAAGUUCUGCCCCGCUUAAAAACGCUCGAAACAUUGAACCUUGGCAAAAACAACCUUGAGAACAGAGGCAUUCACACGUUAAAGGAGUCCCUCAUGAUCAAUCGCUCUUUAUUGCAACUUGGCCUAGCUUCCACAGGAAUAACAUGCGAGGUUGCUGUGACUUUGGCUGAGAUCCUUGCAGAGAGUCCACAGAUCCAGCGUUUGGAUGUACGGCAGAACCAGGUGCUUGCUGGGGGCCUCAUGGCUCUGUCGUUGGCCCUAAAGAUCAACCGUUCAGUCAUCAGACUGGAUCUGGACCAACAUCUGAAAGAAGAAAAGGAGGACUUCCUGGUCGAAACGCAGAAGACGCUGCUGAGCAGGAUCUCUGAUCUGUGCACGGCGAAUGCGACGACUGCCAAGGGGAUGGCUCUGCGGCCUGCUUCCCUAGACCUGGCCGACUGCGCCGAGACCACCUAUCCGCUCCCCACCCAAACAGCCGACUAGAAGACAUAUAAGCAUAAUAAUUCUAUGGCAAAUAACGAUAACCAUAAAACUCCAAAUCCUGGUAAUAAAGCCGAAGCCUCUCUCCCUAAUGAAACAGUAGCCCUCCUGCUGUUUCCUGCCUAAUGUUCCCGCCGAGGCUUCCUCCACUUUCCAUAAAGCAAUUUUGCAAGCCCACUCCCAACGUGAAUCAUCUCGAAUGAAGAGAAGCCUCUCCCUCCAUCUCUCCUUGUGUCCCCGGAGGGUGACGCUGACUAAAUCUGUGUUGAUACAGAGGUGUGCUCUAAAUCCUGUUUGCUCGGGUUCCAUCUCCCCUAAUAUUCACACUCGUGUAUGAGGCCCCUUCCCUGCCUGCGUCUGCUAAUGUAGCGUAUCGUCGUCUGGAUGACAAGACGACAUCGGCGAGUGCCUCAACCUCCCUCACAUGUAUCGUUUACUGCUGGUGCAGAGAAUCACAAUGUGUGGGAAGGAGAACAUAUGUUAAAUUUAAGAAGAGAUUUACCUCUGUGCGGGUCUUAGUUUACAUGCGCUACUCAACGCUAGCCAACAACAAAGGAAGAAUCACUUUCUCUUUCGGUUUAUGUUGCAGAUGCACAUGAAAAGGUGUUAUAUCUGAAAAUAUAGGCGUCUUUUGUGUAACGUGCACUAAAUACCAUCUGCCGUGUGUCUUUAAAUUCAAGGUAAUUAAGAAUAUGUUUGGUAAAUGAAAAACAACCGUUCUGAAAUGCAAUAAAUGAGUUUGAACGGCAAAACUGAGUUUGUAAAUUUGAUUUGAAUUUCCGUUAACAUUUCCACAGACUGUAUGUAAUUAGGGUCUCGUAAAAUAGGCUUGUGCAUUUUUUAAUCAAGUAGAUUUAAUUUAUCCAACACAUGCCAUUAAUUUAUUACCAAUUAAUGGUGUUUACCUGUAAAUUGUUCAAAAAAAGAAACUUUAAAGUGUAAAAAAAAUAUAUAUAUAUAUAUUAAAUUGCAUGCUGAAAAUCUUUUUUAUUUAAAAAUGAAAAAGUAAAGGCCUUUCCAAAAUAAGAAACGUCAGAAAGAUGAAUUGUUCCACACACAUUGCAUAUCAAAAACUACAGUAUUCGCACUCAGAGAUUUGAAUGCUUUUCUUGGCAAAUCCCAAAUUACUCAAAGAUUUCUGAUUGACAGAUGAGGGGGGAUAACUGUAUUUAGCCAGGGACCAUCUUUUCUCGUCUGGCGUGAUUUGGGUCUCAUGGAGGAUUGGCCCCCCUGGUGUCUGCCCCCCUCCUCCUCUCGGCACGGGGCAGGGGCAGAUUGACAGAACAGCAUGGGGGCAAGCGCCGCUGUGCCAACAGCCCCCCCACGCUCUACCUGAUGUUUUUAACAAAGGCUUCCAUCUCACCAACUCCGCUGCCGAACAUCGCCCAGCCAGCUUCAACCCACCCCGGCUCUGGAACAAACAGACUUUGAAACCUGAUCGUAAGGAUGUUGGGAACAGAUGCACAGACGCUGGGAAUGAUGCGGCGUGUACGGCUGUACUCAAAGAUAAAAUGUCAAACAUUUUUCAGUCGGAGCCCAAAAAAUUGGACAGUUGUUAGUAAGCACCUGCUUGCAGUUGACAGGAGGCUAUUGGGGGCUUGUUUUCUAUUAUAUAUAAAUAGAGUUUUAUUUAGAGGGAGACUGGGGCUAGUUGUCACAGUUUUUUUACUAAAGUGGAUAUUUCUCAGUUUAG